AGUAGUAGAGCGGGUGCCCCGGAGCCCGCCUCUUUUUCCCAGGGUCUCGGGUCGUCCGCUCCUCGCUUUCGCAGCCCCGCGCCGGCGCCGACGCUGCAGCUGCUGUUGCUGCCACUGCUGCUGCUGCUGAGCUUCCCAGAACAAUGAGGCCGGUAGCGCGGGAGGCGCAGAGCUAAGCGCAGCCCCCUCCCCGCCUCCCUCGGCACACUCCCUCCCCUCAUUCCCAGAGCGAGCACUGCCUAGCUCCAGCGGCCGGAGCCCCCAGCAGUGGCAGCGGAGGCGGCGGCGGUCUAGGCGAAGGGAGAACCGCGGAGGGCGCAGAACCAGCCGCAGCAGCAGCCGAAGCAGGAACGGCGGCCACCUCAGAGGCUGCAGCCCCGGCAGCCUCAGCAUGUCUGCCCCACGGCAGCCACCGCGAAUCUCGCUUUCGCCCAGACAAACACCCUCCCUGCAGCGAAGGCGGCCCCAGAAGCAGCCGAGGCAGAAGCGGCAGCUCCCCAGCUCCCCCGAUCUUUAACGCCCCGAGGGAGCUCCGCUCCUACUCCCGCUCCCGCUGGUGCUCUUAGGUAAUCCUUGAGCCUAACCUGAUGACCCAGCACCCAAGCCUACUCUCCAGGUUGCCUACCACUACUUCAGGACACAGAAGUGUUGAUACAGGCUCUGCCAUGAAACCGAACUUGAAACAAUGGAAACAACUUAUGCUCUUUGGGAUAUUUGCUUGGGGUCUCCUUUUUUUAGUGAUCUUCAUCUAUUUCACAGAUAGCAACACUGUGGAACCUGUUCCAAGUUCCUUCUCCUAUGUUGAAACUAAAAGGAUCCUGCCUAUCCAAGGGAAACAAAGAUCAAUCAUGGGCGCUAUGCAUGAGCCAUCUUUUUCUGAAACCAUGGAUAGGAAUGAGGUGCUUCUCAAUGGAGACCUUUUUGAUUCAUUUAACUUAGCUCCCAAUAGCCUUCAGAAAUGGUCUGAAAUGAAAGAGGGUUUGGAGAAUGAAGAGUUUUUUCCUUCUCAGACAAGAAAAAAAUCCCCACGCCUUUUCUAUCAAGUAGACGAUGACUAUUUUUUUACUAUGGGCCAACCUAUAUCACACAGCCAUGGCCAGCAGAUGGUGAAGUUCAUCCCUCUCAGUGAGGAGGACCAGGAAGGGGCAAUUAGACACAAUCGAAAGAAAAUUAUCUCAAGGCACAGAAAAGUCCAGUUGCCCCACUGGGACAGACUCUAUUCCACUAUGUCCAAGUCCUUUCUGUACCGCCUUUGGAAAGGAAAUGUUUCUUCAAAAAUGUUAAAUCCACGCCUACAAAAAGCAAUGAAAGAUUAUCUCACCACCAACAAGCACAGGGUGAGGUUUAGGGGAAAACGGAAUUCCAAGCUGACAAGGGAACAGCUAUUGUGUGAGCUCAGGGAUCGCGUGACUGUGAGGACACUGGAUGGAAAGGAGGCCCCCUUUUCAGACCUUGGCUGGGAGAAGCAUGUCCCUCAAGUGCCCCUGAGCAAACUGUAUCCUCAAGGUUUGGGUAGCUGUGCAGUAGUCAUGUCUGCAGGUGCAAUCCUGAACUCCUCACUGGGGGAAGAAAUAGAUUCUCAUGAUGCAGUUUUGAGGUUUAACUCUGCUCCUACACAUGGUUAUGAAAGAGAUGUUGGAAAUAAAACAACCAUGCGCAUCAUUAAUUCACAGAUUCUGACUAACCCAAACCACCACUUCAUUGAUAGUUCAUUAUAUAAGGAUGUCAUUUUAGUGGCUUGGGAUCCUGCUCCUUACUCAGCAAAUCUUCAUAUGUGGUAUAAGAAGCCAGAUUACAAUCUCUUCACUCCUUAUAUUAAGCAUCGUGGGAAGAACCCAAAUCAACCCUUUUAUAUUCUUCAUCCUAAAUUUAUUUGGCAACUCUGGGACAUAAUCCAAGAGAAUACUAAAGAGAAGAUUCAACCAAAUCCCCCAUCUUCUGGUUUUAUAGGAAUACUUAUCAUGAUGUCUAUGUGCAGAGAAGUGCAUGUGUAUGAAUAUAUUCCAUCAGUACGACAAACUGAUCUCUGCCACUAUCAUGAACUAUACUAUGAUGCAGCCUGCACUCUUGGGGCCUACCAUCCCCUGCUCUACGAGAAGCUCCUGGUGCAGAGGAUGAACCAAGGCAUCCGGGAAGACCUGUACCGAAAGGGGAAAGUAAUCUUGCCAGGGUUUCGGGCUAUCAGCUGCCCUACACUCGAUCAGUUUCCAAAUUCUUAAGAAAAAAGAGAAAAAUUAAAAAAAAAAAAAGAUUUGCCAGAAAUAAUGUGCAAUAAGGUACUACUGUUGUACUCUAUACAACAAAAGAAUACUUGAAGAUAUAUUUUAGACCAACAUAGUCUUGAGUCUUUAAACUGUAAUUUAGAAGUAGGCAUGAGGAAUCUUCCUUUUCUAAGCCAUUGAAUAUUUAUUACUGCUUUGCAAAUAGUUAAAGGAAUACAUUAACAGUUAAAGCUUAGCUCAAGAAAGGUACAAAAUGGUGUAGCUAGAAAGAAAAAUCAAUAUAUUUCUGUGGGUGUGACAUGUCACAAAAUGUUUAUGCUUUCCCAAACCACACAUGCUCAUUUUCAAUUAUAUUUUUUAAAAUAUACCUGAUAUGGGGAAAUGGUAAUACACAGAAAUUAAUAUGUUAAAAGACUUUUUGAUAAUCAUCGAUGGGGUUGCUUCCUGUAGCCAUACAGAUGGCAACCUUUGCACACCUUCUCAUCCUGUGUUAUUCUUAUCCAUGCUUAAAAACAAAUUCUCCCUAGAGGAUGUACCCAACUCUCUGGAGACCUUUAUCUUAAUGGGUGUUUUGUUUUUAGUACAUUGUGAACCCCAAGGUAUCCAUCUACUAUCUCACAUUUUUGUUCUCCAGGUGGCCCACCUUUUUUCCCAGUCCCAUGUAGUUUUAUAUGUCAUCUAUUUAUGCAUGCCAUGUCUUUCAGUUGUCUUUUGGUUGUUGGUAAUUUUUAUUUUCUGUGACAUACAUGUAUUCCUUGGUGACUAUUACUGGGACAAUAUUGGUCUUUAAGAAAUAGGCUUUUGGGGACAGCUAGGUGGCACAGUGGAUAGAGCACUGGCCCUGGAUUUAGGAGGACCUGAGUUCAAAUUUGGCCUCAGACACUUGACACUUACUAGCUGUGUGACCCUGGACAAGUCACUUAACCCCGCAAAAAAAAAAGAAAAGAAAAAAGAAAGAAAUAGGCUUUUGCAAGUGGCAAGCAGUUUGGUAUCAGUUAGAGAAUGUCCAGUUUUUCAAAAGCAAACCAGCUUAAUCUCUUCCUUAUACACACAUUAAAGUUCAUCUUAAAAGACAGAACUUUACCACCACCACCCAUAAAUAAUCACAAGGUCUUAUGCACAUAAACUUCAAGGAAACAAUACAGAUAUUCCAUAUACUUCCCCCUCCCCCCACCAAAAAAAUCUUGGCUCUAAAUUCUCAUUUAAAUGAAUUUUUUUUUAACUGGCAGAGGCAGAUGUAUUGUCAGGUCUUCACAUGCCUCUACUAAUCUCUGGUAUCUUAUGUUACCCAAAAUUUGCUGCUCCAUGGCUACAUAGUUGAAUUUCUAAAACCAAAUAAAAUAAACCUUGAGGAAUCUAAAAGAAGGCAAGUACCCAAAGCAACUUCUGUGCAAGGAAGGGUUAGUAUCCACUUUACUGUAGGGAGUUUGUUUUAUUACAAUAUUUUCUUAGAGGAAUAAGAGAAAUAUCAAAGAAGAAAUGUAGGGAAAACCUACUGGGAUAUAUACAGGAAGAAUUGUUGAAUUACACAGGAAAGUUACUUCUCUCAGACAUAUGUCUUAACCGCUAUAACCAAGGUUCUGCUCUAUAGCCCAUUUGCAGUUAGUUUUCCAUGCUGACAAUUAUAUUCUGGCAAGGGAGUGGAAAAGGCAAUAUUUGUUUUAUUUCUUCACUUGAGCUGAUAACAUCUGAAUCUGGCCUAUAGAUAGCACAGAAGGAAUGGAGUGGGGAACAACUGUUCCAUUUGCAUAUAAAGAAUGUUCCCUACCUUAGUACUCAGUGUUCUCACAAGUUUUUUUGUAGGCCAUCCCAUGCUCCUAGCCAGCCUACUGUGAUAUGCAUUGACUUUCAACUGAUUUUUUCCUGCAGGCAAAUGUUAAGGAAGCCAAAUUCAGUUUCAGUGGACACAUUUUAUUUCAACAGCAUGACAAACCCAUAGAAUCAAAUCCAAAACAGUAUGAACAUGUUGCUCUUCCACAACUGGGCAAAUUCUUAAAUAUGAACAGUGAAAUUUCCAUCCAAUAUGUUAGUAGUAAUUAGUUUUGAGGAUUUCCCCCCAUUCAAAUGUGAUCACCAUUAAGGGACAGUAUUGUGUAGUAACAGGAAUUCUGGUCUUGGAGUGAGGAGAGAUUAUUUACAAAUCCCACCCCCAAUAUUUAAUAAUUGGUCAACCUAAGACAAAUGCAUCCUUAAUUUGGGAUUAGUAAUAAAACAAGUAAGCUACCUCACGGUAGGCUCAAAUGAGUUAUACAAGGCCCUGCAAAACCUUAAAUUGCUUGAAUCAAUGUUAUAUAUUAUCAUAACAAAAAAGAUGUUAUUUUUCACUUAUGAAAUAGCCACAUCAGUAUUAAAAGGCAAAUUUUAAAUCAUUUGGGUGACAUACCUUAAUUGGCCUUAUCCAUUUGAUACCCUAUUAUAUCUGAAAGGCAUUCCUUAGAUUUUACCUUAGCAGUGAUAGAAUUAGUUUAAUUAAAAGCAUUCUCUUGGGCAAGUGUCUGAGUUUCAGGUGAAUUGGUAGAAAGUGUUCAGUCCUGUUAUUGGAUUGAUAUGUCAGCAGUAUAUCUUGAUUAAAUUCAGCAAGAAGGAUGAUUAACUAAUAAUAAUACCUCUUUACUUAGUUAAGCUAUUCAGAAGAAAGCUGGCUGAGUAGCAGACUUCCCCUGAUAUUCACUAAUCAUCUUCAAUACAAUUUAAACCAAUAAGUUUUGGUUUGGGGAGAGUUUUUGGCUAAAAGCCACAGAGCUUGAAGGUGGUAGGAAAAUCUACUAUGAUGGAUUUUUUAAAAAUCUGAUUUGAGCUUAAGUACAAUGGGCUUAUUUUCCACAGAUAGACAAAACCAUGGAAGUUUAGUAAACAUAGUGGAUACUAAUUCAAGUGAUGGAUACAGUUACGGAAGUGAGGCUAUUAUUUUUUGAGGGUAGUAGGGGUUGUUUUGUGUACAUAUUUGACAUUCUUAGGUGUUCCUGUUAAAUUAAUCUCAUCAAUUUUGCCCUCUCACAUCUUGGAGGUCAUUAUUUUUUUUUUGCCUGGAGCUAUCAUCUAGGGACCUCCUAGUGUGGAAUCACCCUCCAAUUAAUGCAAAUCAACAACUAUAACUUAGUCACCUGUGGGCUUGCCCAUGUCACAUAGCUGGUCAGAGACAGGACUUGAAUCCAAGUUUUGACUAGCUUCUAAUCACAAUGCUACAUUGUCUUAGCACAGUGCCUGGCCCAGAAUUGGUGCUCACUAAAUGCUGGUUGACUUGCUUCUCUUGGGCAUCAUUUUUACCUUGGGCAAGCUCUUCAUUGAUGAGAAGAAUUUGACCAUUUAGACUAAAUUCAUAUUUAUAAGCCCCAAAGAGAAUUCAUAGAUGUCACUUAACCUUAACAUUUUAAUUAAUCUUCAAAAAUUACUUUCAGUCAUUAAAAAAAAAGGAGGAAAAAACACUCAACAAUAGAACAAAACAUUAAAUGUGAAAUUUUAGAUUUUUAGGACACUUUGUUUUCAAAACAGUUGGGAACAAUCUGUUGACCAUUCCCAAAAUAAACUGUGUAUUUCAGUACAGACUUGGCUGAAUGAGCUCUGGUUUCAGCUGUUGAGUCAGUCAGGUCUCUAAUAUAUAACCAAAUACAUCUGUAUUAAACAUAAUGAGCAACUCUAGUAUUACCCAGAUUGGAAGGUCUCUUUGUGUUUGCCAUAUAUUGAAGAAACCCAUGUAGUAAUUUUAAUAAAAAGUUGCACAAUAUGGUCUUUCUAUUUAGAGGUGGACAAAAGUGCCUGGUACUCAUUUAAUUCUUCUCUGGCACUGGUUCUGAUGUUCCUUCCCAGUUCAAGAAAGGAAGCUGAGCCAGAUCCCAUAAUACUUUAAUAUUUUGCAGUUUGCUUCCACUAAACAUCGUAUACUAGUCACACUAGCCAAAAUAGGAGAAAAAAUUGUCAAUUGUCAAAUUGUUAGCAAUGUGUCUCCAGUUUAUUUAAUAGAAGCAAUGUCCCCUUUUUCUAUAAUGAGCACCAGUAUAGAAAAAAAAAUGUAUGCUUCUUCUUUACAAUAUUAUCCUAAGACGUCAAUGAAAAUAGUGUUCUAGGCCAUAUUAAAUGGAAGUUGAAUGUUAGUAUCAGAAGUCAGUAAAAACCAGACAGGUCAAAGUGCGACCAUGUAUCAUAAAUACCCUCUUUGCCUUAAUAUAUCUAAAUUAUACCUAUAGUUCAGGGGUUCUUAACCUUUCCUCAUAUCAUGGACCCCUUUGGCAGCUUGGUGAAAAACCUAUGAUCCCCUUCUCAGAAUAAUGUUUUUAAAUACAUGAAAUAAAUAAAAUACA